GGCGGGGCGACCGCGGGGUUUUCCGCCGCCGACGUGCUUCCGGCCUUAAAGGGAUUUCGCCCUUCCCUUUAAGUCGCACCGCCCCUCCUCAGUUACUCUCAAGAUGGCGGACCUACUGGGCUCCAUCCUGAGCUCCAUGGAGAAGCCGCCCAGCCUCGGGGACCAGGAGACCCGGCGCAAGGCCCGAGAGCAGGCGGCCCGCCUAAAGAAACUACAAGAGCAAGACAAACAGCAGAAACUGGAGUUUCGUAAAAGGAUGGAGAAAGAGGUGUCAGAUUUCAUCCAAGACAGCGGGCAGAUCAAGAAAAAGUUUCAGCCGAUGAACAAGAUAGAGAGGAGCAUUCUACAUGACGUGGUGGAAGUGGCCGGCCUGACAUCCUUCUCCUUCGGGGAAGAUGAUGACUGUCGCUACGUCAUGAUCUUCAAAAAGGAGUUUGCACCCUCAGAUGAGGAGCUGGAAUCCUAUCGCCGCGGCGAGGAGUGGGAUCCCCAGAAAGCAGAGGAGAAGCGGAGGCUGAAGGAGCUGGCCCAGCGGGAGGAGGAGGAGGCGGCCCAGCGGGGACCCGUGGUGGUGAACCCUGCCAGUGACUACAAGGACAAGUACAGCCACCUCAUCGGCAAGGGAGCAGCCAAGGACGCAGCACACAUGCUGCAGGCCAACAAGACUUACGGCUGCGUGCCCGUGGCCAACAAGAGGGAUACCCGCUCCAUCGAAGAGGCCAUGAACGAGAUCCGCGCCAAGAAGCGUCUGCGGCAGAGUGGGGAAGAAUUGCCACCUACCUCCUAGGCACCCCACCCGGCUUCCCUUUGACCCCUGGGGGCAGGACAGGGGACAAGAGGGACAAGGCUGCUGCUAUUAGAAUCCAUCUUACAGCCCCACCUCUGAACCACCUACUGUCAGCUGCCACUCAGGCUGGGGGGCGCAGGUGUUGAACCUGUCACUAUGGGAGCUGGCGUGUCAGUGGUGUGUAUGUGUGUGUGUGUCUGUG